AUGGCGAUCAAGAAGCCAUCCUUCGCGCCAUAUCUUGGCUUCUUUCAGCUCCUCUUCUACGCAAACCCUACCUGGCUUGACAAGCUCCUCAUCUUUGCUGGAGCUACCUUUGCGAUUGCAGCCGGCGUCCCAUUCCCACUUGUUGGUAUUAUUUUUGGUCAACUCGUUGAUGACAUCAACGAUGCAACCUGCAGCAACCAGGCCGGUGCAGGCGGUGCUGGGGACCAGUCGUCUAUCGAUCAAAAGGUUCUCCUUCUUGUAUAUAUCGGCAUUGCAAGCUUCGCUUGUAUUUAUAUUCAUCUUGUCUGCUGGAAUAUAGCAUCACAACGGCUAGCGCAACGCAUUCGAGACCGGUACCUGAGGAACCUCUUACGACAAGAUCUUGCCUUCUUCGACAAUCUCCAGUCUGGGGAAGUGUCUUCCCGUCUCAAUGGCGACAUCUCGGCGAUCGAGGGUGGUACGGGCGAGAAGGUCGGUGUUGCUCUGACUUGUCUCUCGUUCUGUGUAACAGCAUACAUCGUUGGUUUCAUCAAGAACGCCGAGCUCACAGGGAUGCUCGUUUCCUUGAUCCCGGCGUUCCUUCUCAUGGCAGUCGUCGGCGGCCAUUACGUGGGCAAAUACACAGUCAGUGUUGGAGGAUACUUUGGAUCCGCCAGUGCCCUUGCUUCCGAGGCAUUGAGCAACAUUGGUCUUGUUCACGCACUUGGCGCUAAUGAGAGGCUUGAGAAGAAGUUCCGAGACCAUCUAGGAAAUGCUCGUCAUGCCGGUAUCCGGAAGGCUGUAGCUGCAGCUGUAAUGGCUGGAUUGCUCUACUUUAUCGCUUACUCAUCCAGUGCACUUGGUUACUGGCAGGGUAGCAAGAGAAUCGCGGAUACUGUCGACGGCAGGGGCAACGACACGAUUGGAGAGAUCUACACAGUGACUUUCAUCCUUCUCGAUGGCGCCAUUGUUUUGAGCCAGAUUGCACCUAUGCUUCCUCUAUUUACUGGUGCUAUUAGCGCUUUCGACCGUCUUCGCAAGGAUAUCGAAACGCAACCUACGAUUGACAACACUUCGACAUCUGCUGAAAAGCCUUCUGUGGUAGACGGCAAACUCACGUUCCGUAAUGUCGAAUUCACAUAUCCUUCUAGACCCGACCAUCCUGUAUUGAACGGCAUCUCAAUCAACUGCGAGGCUGGUAAGCUUACUGCAAUUGUCGGGUUGUCUGGCAGUGGUAAAUCGACGAUUGCCAGUCUCAUCAGCCGCUUCUACGACCCAUUGGCUGGGGAUGUUCUUCUUGACAACCGCAACAUCAAGGACAUCAACAUAAAAUCACUAAGAGGAUUCAUCAGCCUUGUUCCCCAGGAACCGUCUCUUCUUGAUCGAUCAAUCUUGGAAAACAUUGCGCUAGGUCUCGUCAACUCGCCAGCUCACUCCCACCUAGAAACUGUUCUCCUCAGCAACGCACUGGCCAAUCUUACCAAGGAAGUUAGAGAAGGCGAAGAUCUUACAAAGGUAGUAGAGAAAGCUGGACCUGACGUAGUUGAGAUUCUCCGGCUCGUGCAGCACGCGGCAGGGCUAGCUGAUGUGGCUGUCUUUAUCGAUCGCUUGGAGUUUGGUCUUGCUACGCUUGUCGGUUCGAGCGGAAGCCUGGUAAGUGGUGGCCAGAAGCAGCGAGUUGCUCUUGCCCGUGCUCUCGUUCGCGACCCUAGGAUACUUAUCCUCGACGAAGCUACUGCAGCACUCGACUCUGCCAGUGAACAGCGCAUCCAGGCUGCUAUUGACAAGGCAUCCAAGGGUAGAACUGUGAUCUCUAUCGCUCAUCGUCUCUCUACCAUUCGAAACGCAUCGAAAAUUAUCGUCAUGAAGAAAGGCGAUAUCAUCGAAGAAGGCACUCACGACGAGCUUUUGACACUGAAUGGCUCGUACGCUGACAUGAUACGCUUGCAAACCGUAAAACCCACGGAUGACGGUGCAUCAAGCUCAAGAACAAGUCUUGACGAUGAUGAAAUCGAACUAAUCAAAAACAAGCAUUCAGCGUCAGCCGUCAACGAUACAGAUGCGCUGCCCUCAAGUCCAGCCGAAAAGCCAGAGCCGUUGAAGGGAGCAAACGGAGAGAUAGUCGCGAAGUCGAUUUCGAGGACUAUGGGACCUCUGGUUCGGCCGUACCUGCUGCUGCUUCUGUUGGCCUUCCUGGGCGCUUUGAUUGUUGGUGGUCAGUACUCCGCGUCCGGACUUUUGUUUGGAAACGUCAUGGGCGUCAUGUCGCCUUGCAACCCGUCAGACUAUAUCAGAUCUCAAGGAGCGCUGCUCGCGGGCAUGUGGUUCAUGGUCGCCUGUGUAUCAUUCUUUGCCAACUUCACAAGCUGGGCGACCUUCGGACUCAUCUCAGAGCGCCUCAUCUACAAAGUGCGUGUCUUGUCGAUGCGCUCUCUUCUAGAACAACCCUUGCAAUGGCAUGAGUCCGAAGGCAGGAACCCUAAUCAGCUCCUAGAGUACAUCACAAAAGACGGCAACUCACUGGCUGGCUUCAGUGGCUCUAUUGCUGGAACUUUGUUCUCGGUCGUUGUCAACUUCAUCGCGGCUAUCAUCCUGUCACACAUUGUUGCGUGGAGAAUCGCCAUCGUGUGCCUGGUCAUUGUUCCCUUGUUACUGGGAGCCGGAUAUAUGCAACUUCACGCCAUUGGAAAGUUCGCAGUCAAGCAUGCAGGCGCGUUUUCGUCAUCCAUCGGCGUCACGACCGAAGCUGUUGCAAACAUUCGUACUGUUCAUGCUCUCUCGAUUGAAGAAGAGAUCAUCCAUACCUAUCGAAGGUCUCUUGUGGCACCACGCAAGGAGAUGGUGAAGCAGAGCUUCAAAACUAACGUCUGGCUAGCGAUUGCCAAUUCUUGUGGGAGCUUCAUCUACGCCUUUGCCUACUGGUGGGGUUCCAAGAACAUCAUCGAAGGACGAUACGACCAAACUGCCUUCUUCGUAGUCCUCAUUUCCAUGCUGCUCUCGGCACAGUUGUGGGGUCAGCUUUUUACCCUUGCCCCUGAGCUCUCCAAAGCCAAGGGCGCUAUCUCGCGCAUUUGUGGAGUUGUGGAUCUGGGGAACGAUCCAUCAGGUACAGCAUCUAGCAGAUCGUCGCUCAAUCUCGAUACCAUUGAUAAGGAGAAGCGGGAUGUUGAAGCGCUCGCUGACUCGCCUACCCCUGCUGUACCUGGCGGUGGUGCUCGCGUAGUUUUCAAGGAUGUUCAGUUCUCCUACCCCGCACGUCCUGGUGUGCCGGUACUGACCUCGCUGUCGCUCUCCAUUCAACCUGGCCAGUUUUGUGCCCUUGUCGGGCCUUCCGGUGCAGGCAAAAGUACCGUUCUUGCGCUGCUUGAGCGUUUCUAUUCACCUUCCGCGGGCAGCAUCUCCAUCAACGGGGUCGACAUUUCGCGCCACCAUGGCACCUCGUUCCGGGAUGACAUUGCUUACGUACCCCAGAACAACGUUCUUUUCCAGGGCAGCAUCAAGUUCAACAUCGCGCUUGGUGCUAGACCUGGACACGAACCAUCAGAUGCCGAUAUCCAAGAGGCAUGCGAGCUCGCCAACAUCCACCGAACUAUUGCAGAGCUACCACAAGGCUACGACACCGAAUGUGGUGCCAAUGGAUCGCAGCUUUCAGGCGGACAGCGUCAGCGACUGUCGAUAGCGCGUGCACUUGUUCGUAAACCCAAAUUGCUACUGCUCGACGAGAGCACAAGUGCUCUUGAUGCGGAGAGCGAGAAGGCCCUCGAACUUGGUCUCGAGCGCGCUGUGAAAGGCCACGGUGUUACGGUCAUUGCCAUCGCUCAUCGGCUACGGACAAUCGCUAGGGCUGAUGUCAUCUUCAUGGUGGACGGCGGUAAAGUGGUAGAUCAAGGCCGUCAUGAGGAGCUCGUUCAGCGGAGUGAGAGCUAUCGUGUUAAUGCUCUGCAUCAAAUGUUGGACUAG